AUGUGCGUCAAGGAGUCCGACGUCCACGAGGUUCUACUGUACCGGCCGGGGCUGGUGACAGUAGCGACAUCCUUCAUGACCGCGGCCUCCGCAGUGUUCAUGCUGGAGGGCAACGCCGUCAGGCAGGUCGCCGACCUACGCCGUCGGCGCCGCGAGGCUAGGCCUGUCGGCUGUCGCUGCUCUUUAUCCACAUCUACGUCACCCAGAUCAAGCGCUUCCUCCAGGCGCAUUGGGCGGCCGGCCACUGGACAAGGGCCUGGUGCAGUGCGUGCUGGAGCACCUGGCCGCGCACUGGUUUGUCGGUCCCACGUUUGCUGCACUCAUAGCGGAAGUGCAGAACAUGAGGCUUUGGAGAUGAUCCUAAUUGCUUUGAGAAAAAGUCCUAUUACUGCUUUGAGAAAAGAAAACCAGGAAAAGGUUCUUUCAGUUGUUAUUUCACCAAACAACACUAUAGGAUUCUUUGAGAUAACUAAAGAGCUGGACAACAUGAAAGAGAUCAAGGGAGGUGCGGCACCCUCCCCUUUGGGGGCUCCUGCUCCUGACCGGUGGCGCUCGUGUUCGUGGGGGUGGUGCCCUGAUCUGUCAGGAAGGGGUGGCUCCAACAUGGCUGUGCCCACUCGACGACGAGGUUGUUGGGCUCUAGUGAGCGACACCUUGAGAAACUGGCAUCACCAGCAUGUAAGGUUAGGGUCCAAAUCACUUGCAAAUGAGAUAGUAGGGCUGGAUCAGGUGCCAGGUAUGAGUGCAUGCUCUGCGCCUCAAGGACCGGUGAGGGCCACAGACCAGAAGUUUGUCAUGGCAUCGAAGCGUAUCCUCAAGGAGCUGAAGGACCUGCAGAAAGAUCCCCCCACAUCAUGUAGUGCAGGUCCUGCUGGUGAGGACAUGUUUCAUUGGCAAGCAACAAUUAUGGGACCACCUGACAGUCCCUAUGCUGGCGGUGUUUUCUUAGUGAACAUUCAUUUCCCGCCGGAUUACCCCUUCAAACCUCCAAAGGUUUCUUUCAAGACAAAGGUCUUCCAUCCUAAUAUCAACAGCAAUGGAAGUAUAUGCCUUGACAUUCUCAAAGAGCAGUGGAGCCCUGCUUUGACAAUUUCUAAGGUCCUGCUCUCCAUCUGUUCCCUGCUGACUGACCCCAACCCGGACGACCCACUUGUCCCUGAGAUUGCCCACAUGUACAAGACGGACCGGCCGAAAUACGAGUCAACAGCCCGCAGCUGGACGCAGAAAUAUGCGAUGGGCUGA